CUCCGAAAUAAACCUAUCUCCAUUCGUGCCCGUUUCCCACUGCCGCUCCCAACUCCGGCGAUCACCGCGUCCGCACCAUGGCCGCUCGCUGGAGUCGCACCGCCCCCCGUCUCCUCCUCCCCGCCCUAUCCCUCCUGCUCCUCUGCUCGUCGCUCCCGCCCCUGGCCGCGGCAUACCGCCCCGGCGACAUCGUCCCCAUGCUCCGCUCCGGCCAGUACCACGACUCGAGGUCGGUGUGGUUCGACGUGGUGGGCCGCCACUGCCCGGCCUUCGCGGUCAACCGGGAGGUGCUGAUGCCGAUCCCGAAGCCGACAGGGUUCACCGGUGCUGAUCCGUACAAGAUAACGUUUCAAACUGGACAUGAAAAGUUCCAUGUUCCUUGGCUUUAUGUUAUAAAUCGCAAAAACUCUGAAGUUCCACUGAUUGAUUUCCAUUUGAAGUACUCUGGAAACGAUCUACUUGGGGUUACAGCUAAAGUUGUGGACAUGCCUCACCACUAUGUGGAAGUUCAUCCUGACAUAAAAAAGAAUUUCUGGGAUCCACAGAAUUGGCCAAAAUACGUUCUUGUUAGAUAUACAUGGGAGGAACAAUCAGAGAUAGACGUCGCUGCAGGAUUUUAUGUGUUAUCUGGAUCUGGGCUUGUUCUGUCCUUCAUUCUUGCAAUCUACGUCCUGCAGUCAUCCCAGGAAAAGUUGACGAGGUUUGUGCGAGAAGCAGUUGCCGAUAGUAGCCUACGAGAUGGAGGGAUUGCAAAGGUCGAGUGACCUAUCUACAAGGAGAUGUCAUAUUACCCGCUAAUUUCUACAAUGAUCGAAACACCAACAAGAGAUUCUCAACUCAAGGGCAGCCAAUUUUUUGCAGCUUCUAGUACUACAGAACAGUAUACAUCUGAAGAAAUAUGACAAAAGUGGGUAAAAUCAACCGUAGGAUUCUCGGUAUAAUGGCAUUUCUACCAGACUGGAGUAUUGGUGUUUACUAGCUCGUUGCAGUGAGAACUAGGGAGUGAACAGCUUUUUUUCAUUUUGUUUAUGUGGGCGUUGUAGAAUCUGUAGUAAAAGAACUGUAAAAAUAGCUGUGUCAAACGUGUAUGCCUUUCAGCUCAUUGAAGCUAGAUUCUCUAGGUAUCACAUUUUAUUUGAACCUCGUAUAAUGCCUAAAUUUUCUGAAAGAUA